CCAGGACCCAGCCCUCCCCCGUGCGUAUCUCGCUUAAGAUGGCAGCGGAGUCAGGGGAACUAAUCGGGGCUUGCGAGUUCAUGAAAGAUCGGUUAUAUUUUGCUACUUUAAGGAAUAGACCAAAAAGCACAGUAAAUACCCACUAUUUCUCCAUCGAUGAGGAGCUGGUCUAUGAAAAUUUCUAUGCAGAUUUUGGACCUCUGAACUUGGCAAUGGUGUACAGAUACUGCUGUAAACUAAACAAGAAACUAAAAUCAUACAGUUUAUCACGAAAGAAAAUUGUGCACUACACCUGUUUUGACCAACGGAAAAGAGCAAAUGCAGCAUUUUUGAUAGGUGCUUAUGCUGUAAUCUAUUUAAAGAAGACACCAGAAGAAGCCUACAGAGCACUCCUAUCUGGCUCAAAUCCCCCCUAUCUUCCAUUCAGGGAUGCUUCCUUUGGAAAUUGCACUUACAAUCUCACCAUCCUCGACUGUUUGCACGGAAUCAGAAAGGGAUUACAACAUGGAUUUUUUGACUUUGAGACCUUUGAUGUGGAUGAAUAUGAACAUUAUGAGCGAGUUGAAAAUGGUGACUUCAACUGGAUUGUUCCAGGAAAAUUUUUAGCAUUUAGUGGACCACAUCCAAAAAGCAAAAUUGAAAAUGGUUAUCCUCUUCACGCCCCCGAAGCCUACUUUCCUUAUUUCAAAAAGCAUAACGUGACUGCAAUCGUGAGGCUGAACAAAAAGAUUUACGAGGCGAAGCGCUUCACCGAUGCCGGCUUCGAGCACUAUGACCUCUUCUUCAUCGAUGGCAGCACACCCAGCGACAACAUCGUGCGAAGGUUCCUGAAUAUCUGCGAGAACACGGAGGGGGCGAUCGCGGUUCACUGCAAAGCUGGUCUUGGAAGAACAGGGACCUUGAUAGCCUGUUAUGUCAUGAAACACUACAGGUUUACACAUGCGGAAAUAAUUGCUUGGAUCAGAAUAUGCCGGCCCGGCUCUAUUAUAGGACCCCAGCAGCACUUCCUGGAAGAGAAACAGGCAUCGUUAUGGGUCCAAGGAGACAUUUUCCGAUCCAAACUGAAAAAUAGACCAUCCAGUGAAGGAAGUAUUAAUAAAAUUCUUUCUAGCUUGGAUGAUAUAUCUAUUGGUGGAAACUUAUCUAAAAUACAAAACGUGGAGAGAUUUGGAGAGAAUAAUUUAGAAGAGGAUGAAGAUGUGGAAAUGAAAAAUAAUAUAACCCAGGGAGACAAACUACGUGCCUUAAAAAGUCAGAGACAGCCACGCUCCUCACCAUCUUGUGCAUUUAGGUUGGAGGAUAUGAAAGGGCAUCCAAGAGCAGUGUCCCAGCCUUCCAGAUUGAGUUCUUCCCCACAAGGAUCUGCAUCUGCUUUGAAGACCUCAAAAGUGGCUUUGUCUCCUUUGGUGAUGGCCAAGAGGAUAAACAGAGGCUCUUUGUCCUCAGGCACCAGUGUAAGAAGCUUUUCCAUGAACUCCCGGCUAGCCAGUUCUCUAGGGAACUUGAACGCUGCAGCAGAUGAUCCAGAGAACAAAAAGACUGCCUCACCCUCCAAGGUGGGUUUCGUAGGCAACCCGUUCACCAGCCUCUUGAAUGGCAGCUCCCAGCCGCCUGCCAGAAAUUACCCUGAGCUCAACAACAACCAGUACAGCAGAAGCAACAGCAGCAGUGGGAGUGCCCUGAACAGUCAGCCGGGCCCUCACAGCGCCAAGACCGAGGAUCACGCCACCACCCUGCGGCCCUCCUACACCGGCCUUUCUUCUUCCUCAGCGAGAUUCCUGAGCCGAUCAAUCCCCUCCCUUCAGUCUGAAUAUGUUCAUUACUAAGGCCUUGCCACUCCGGUGAAAGCUGUUCUACUCUUAGACACAAUUGCUUCAUCUGGAUGAGCAAUGUAGAGAGAAAGCAGCUGCUUUUGCCAGAAGAAUAUCUCUGCCUUCUUACCUUAAAUUAAAGAGAGCACUAAGACAAGACCUUCAUGAGACUUGAAACCAGAAAACUCUGGUUAAUGACUACUAUAAAUGCACUGAAACUAUGUUUAUGAAGAU